AUCGCUUCAUCUUGAAUUUUUCAGUUAAAUAAUUUCAGUAAGAUGUUGUGGCACUCCAUAUUCUUGCAUCUUUUUGUAUGUAUUCUGGCAUUCCCGUCUUCGCAAGGACAAAGACAAACUUCACUUGGAUUCCGAAGUUCCACAUACACUGUUGGUGAAGCAGAUGGUUUCGUGUUUGUUUGUCUUGUUGUUACCAAAAAGGAUCCUUUUAAUACGGAUCCCUUAAAUAUUGCUGGGACAUUAACAUUCAGAAAUGGCACUGCAACAAGUGGAGAAGAUUAUUCAAAUGAGGAGAAACAUUUUUCAAUAGAAUAUUCCCUUGCAUCAUGGUGCCCUCAAAUUCAUAUAAUCCAAGAUAACAAAUAUGAAGGAAACGAAACUUUUACAGUUGCUUUGAUGUUACAUAACAAUUCCAAUGUUCAAAUAACUGUUGGCGAAGCGACCGUGACUAUCAUAGAUGAUGAAGUGUCAUUAUGUGAAAAUUGUCAUUCUAAAGCCAUUUGUAAUCUUACAUCAUGCAUCUGUUCAGAUGGAUAUACAGGAGAUGGUGUAAAGACUUGUCAAGAUAUUAAUGAAUGUACGGUAAAAAACUCAUGUUCCAAAUAUUCUUCUUGUACGAACACCGAGGGAUCCUAUCAUUGUAAUUGUCUUAAGGGAUACACUGGAAAUGGUCUGAAUUGUGAUGACAUCGACGAAUGCAAUAUUUCACCUUGUAAUGAAUCUUUCUCAAUAUGCGUAAACAAUCUGGGGUCGUACCAGUGUGUUUGUCAAUAUGGUGUUGCAUAUCUACCAAAAAGAAAUCAAAUGAUAUGCAAAGGCGCAUGUCAGGAAGAAACAACUGGUGAAAGUGCAGCGCAGGGAAUAUUUCUCUGGAGAGCAACCGCGGGUGGCAACGGAACUUUCGUUGAGUGUCCUUAUGGGGCGAACAAUCGUUCCCUUCCCACAGAAGAUGACAGAAGUUUGCAACAUAAUUUAGAAACUGCCCAUAAAGCGUCGCGAUCCUGUCAAUGCAACGAUGAUCUCUGCCAAAGUCCGAACUGGCUGGAACCAGACACGUCUCAAUGUAAAUAUCGCGUCAAAAAUGAAUCAGACGUUACAGAGGAUUUGUCAACUCUCUACCAGGAUAUACAAAAUGGUACUAUAUCGACGGUUGAUGCAAGUAUCCGUCUCGUGAAUUUAACAGAUAAUUCUCGGAAUUUUGAACAAGAUGACGUCUCCCUGACUGUGUCAAUUCUUGAAAACAUUGUCGAAGAAACAAAUCUUUUAAAUAAGACUGGUAAAAAUAUCAUUAAAUCAGUUGACAACUUCUUAAAUGCUGAUCCUGUUAUCGUUUUCCAGAGUCAGAGAUCUGAUAAUUCCUCAGCCAGAGUUUUAUCAGUGGUGGAACACUAUCUUGAAAAUGUUGACAUAAAUGCUGACGAAGAAAUAGAACAAAAUGAACAAAACAUCGCUGUUUCUACUCGAGAAGUUAACCAAAGUGAAUUUCAGGGUGCGGCAGCUGAGUCAGAAAACAAUUAUUUUAGCGUUUACAGCAACGAUUUUAGCGUUAGACCAAGCAGCUCUAAAAUUUCAUUGACAAUGCCUAAAUCAAUAUUUGAAACGUUGAACAUUAACAGCGGAAAACAAAGCCAACGUAUAUCUUUUGUUGUCUACCGAAAGGCGUCUUUAUUUCAAUCUCAAGCUAAAGAAACAGUUGGUGAAAAAACGGUUAAUAAACUUAAUAGUUGGGUAAUAUCUGGAUCAAUCAAAGGGCGAAAAUUAGAUAACUUGGAAGACCCUAUCGUGACAACUUACAAACCGUUAGAAGGUGGAAUACGCGAGAAUACUGCUUGUGUAUUUUGGGAUUUCUCGUUAAAGGAUCGUAUCGGGGACUGGUCACAGGCUGGUUGUGCCUACCAAGGAACUAAAUAUGGAAUAGUUACUUGUAAUUGUUCUCAUCUUACAAACUUUGCAAUUUUAAUAGAUGUGAACAUCAACGAUCGUAUCGAUGAAGAUCAUCAAAAAGCUUUGAGUAUAAUAAGUUAUAUUGGAUGCGCAAUAUCAUUGGGAGGAUUGUUUCUAACCAUAAUCACGAAUUUGCUGUUUAAAGAUUUACGAACGCGAACUCCAAUCAAGAUUUUACUCAACUUCUGCAUAGCUCUAACACUCACGUUAAUUGUAUUCAUUGUGGCUGCUGAAAGAUCAAAGACGUCAUCUGUUAUUUGGUGCCGUGUUGCAGCGAUAGCUCUACAUUACUUUGUCUUAGCUGUGUUCAUGUGGAUGGCUAUAGAAGCAUACAAUAUGUACCGUUGUUUUGUUAAAAUUCUGCUAGCCCCAGACGAUUCGAGUUUUAUGAUCAAGUGCUUUAUUGUUGGAUGGGGAAUACCCGCGAUUAUUGUUAUCGUGACAGCAGUUUUGAAAAUUGAAGAGUAUGGCGAUGAAAAUUAUUGCCGCCUUCAAGGUUUCCCAUUUCAAGUGGCUUUUCUCGCCCCAGUUUUACUCAUACUUCUCACCAACUUUAUUGCAUUUGUCCUGAUCUUACGUUCUCUUCUUACCUCCGGAAAGAAUGUGACCGCAGACCGCACGAUCAGCGGUAUCACACAAGCGAGGCGUGCUAUUUCUAUCCUUGUGGUACUGGGACUAACCUGGGUAUUUGGUGUUCUUGCCAUCAAAGAAGCUAGAUUGGGGGUUCAGUAUCUGUUUUGUAUUUUCAACGCAUUUCAAGGUCUGUUAGUUUUUUUCUUCCACUGCAUCCUUUCCAAAGAUAUAAGAAAAAAAUGGAUGUCAUUGUGUUCGCGAAAAGAAGGGACAUGUACAUCAACUGGUCAUCAUGAUCUUGGAACACACUCCAGAUUUAACGAGAUCGCCGCUAACAAGUCUCGUGUGAUCAACUCUGAUACUGGAAGUACCUCUUUGAGUUCAGACAGGAAUUACGUUGUUUCCAUGGAGAUGAAAUGAAUAGCUUUUAGAAGUAAACGUUUUCUCAGGGUUAACAGUAAAUUAGAAUAGAUUUCUAACACGAUAUCUGUGUCUGUGAAAGAUCCAGCAAUAUCAGUAAGUGCCUAUCACAUUUAGCAGUAAGAUUUAAGGUGGAUAAUCAAGUAUUUUAAAAAAGUCUCGCACGUUUAUGCAUGAAUUUCACUUAAACUUGUAUUCGCAUUAAAGAAGCACUAAAAGUAAAAGUAUAAGUAUAAAAACAGGUAAACUAUGUCUAAUACUUCAAAUAUG